AUGCCGACCGAACGGAUCACGCCGGCCGAUGGUGCCUCUGAUGUCGACUCGGAGAAGCAUGCGGUCGAGAAUAUCGAGCUCGCCGUCGACGAUGGCCAUGGGCAGACCAUGGACCCCGAGCGGAGAGCGUUGGUCGAGAAACGGCUCAAGAGGAAGCUCGACGCGCGGUGCAGCCUCUUCGUCCUCAUCUACAUCCUCAACUACCUCGACCGCAACAACAUUGCGGCGGCGCGUCUCAAGGGCCUGCAGGACGACCUCGGGCUGGACGAUACCCAGUACGCGACCUGCCUGAGCAUCCUCUACGUCGGGUACAUCCUGAUGCAGGUGCCUUCCAACAUGUUCAUCAACCGCAUCCAGCGGCCGUCUCUCUACAUCGCCGGCGCCAUGCUCCUCUGGGGGCUCAUCUCGACGCUCUCGGGCAACGUCGGUACCUUUGGCCACAUGGUCGCCGUCCGCUUCCUCCUGGGCUUCGUCGAGGCCGCUUUCCUGCCGGGCGCGCUCCUCAUCCUGUCCAAGUGGUACACGCGCCGCGAGUUGACGAAGCGCAACGCCGUGCUCUUCUGCGGAAAUCUCAUCUCCAACGCCUUCUCCGCCCUCGUCGGCGCCGGCGUCCUGUCCAACAUGCAGGGGGUCUUGGGCCAUGCCGCCUGGCGAUGGCUGUUCUGGAUCGAGGGCGCCGUCACCAUGGCCGUCGCCGUCGCCGCCGCCUUCAUCCUGCCGGACCUGCCGCACAACGCCCGCGGUUUCAGCGACGAGGAGAGGACGGUGGCCCAGCUGCGCAUGUACGAGGACGUCGGCGAGGCGGACGCCGACGCCGCCGACCAAGGCGCCUUUGACGGCCUCUGGAUGGCCGUGCGAGAUGCCAAGAUUUACGUCUUGAUGUUGACCUUUACCGCCUACGUCGUGGGACUGUCCUUUAACGCCUUUUUCCCGACGCUGACGGGCACCCUGGGCUUCGGCUACGUACCGACGCUCCUCAUGAGCUCGCCGCCCUGGCUCUUUGCCUGCCUCUUUUCCAUCCUCGUUUCGUGGAACGCGGAUCGCACCCAAGAAAAGGUGAUGCCCACCCCCACCCCCCCUCCAUCCUCCAUGCCUUGGAAUUUCUGGCACAUCGUCGGCCCCAUCCUCAUGGGCAGCGUGGGCUUCGUCAUCAGCAUGGCGACCCUCCAGGUUGCGGCCCGCUAUGUUGCCCUGUUUCUGCAGGCAGGGUCUUACGCCGGCUUCAUCGUCUUUUAUUCCUGGAUCAGCUCGUCCUUUCCCCGGCCGCCGGCGAAGCGAGCGGUCGCCAUCGCCAUGAUCAACGCGUUCAGCCAGCUCGGCAACGUAGCUGGUUCCUACGUUUGGAACCUCAAGGAGGACGGCUACAGAAAGAGCUACGGAAUUGUGCUAUCCAUGUUUGGCGUCGCCAUGGCCGGGUGCUUGCUGUUCCGUCGCAUGCUUGCCAAUCUGAACAGAGAGUUGGAAGCGAGGGAGGUCCGCGAGGCAGCGGGGACGGCGAAGCAAGAUGACGGCAAAGGGGCCGAUGGCAGCGAAGAAAUCUUGAGGAUGAGUAAGGGUUUCAGAUACCUAUUGUGA